AUGGACCUGUCUCAACCAGACAGAAGUGAAGAUGCGAGGCGACGAGAUGGAGAGGACCCAGCCAUGGCCGUUCCACCGGAGCCCCCGCCGAAGGAGUUGCCUCCGCGAUCGCCGCCUUCGCAACUAGAUUCUCCGAGGUCCGUCAACAGCCCUUCUCAAGCACCGGUCAGGCCACCGCCUCCGAGGCCGGUGGCGAGACCGCAAGCGACUCCAACGGGGCCGCCCCCGGCGCGGCCACUGCAGUAUUUGCCGCAAGCGCCGCUCGCCAUGAACCCCCCAACGAGGCCAGGCACUGCUGCAAGCCAGACACCGGGGUCGGUGCCACCCGUAAGGUUUCCGGGCUCAACAAAGCGUCUUUCCUGGACUUCCAUUGGGAAAUACGGCCGCGUUGAGCUGGUGCCGCAACCGAGUGAUGAUCCUGAUGACCCUUUGAACUGGCCCAGAUGGAGAAAAGAGCUCAACUUCUGGUCGCUCUUGAUGAUGGUUGCUUUGACUGGAGUGGCGAAGACGAUAUUUCUGACUAUUAAUACCCGGCUCGCAGAGAGCUACAAUGUUUCCUACACCGCGGUUGCUGCUCUGACCGGCGUUCCCUUAAUGCUCUCGGCCUUGGCUGGCUUCAUUUGCCUGAUAGCCUCGAGGGUAUGCGGCAAGCGGCCGCUCUACCUAGUCUCCUUGUUAUUGGUGUUUAUUGGGACCGUCUGGAACACGAACGUCCCCACCUCCUUUAACCAGUGCAUGGCGGCGCGAGUCUUUCAAGGGCUCGGUUGGGGAGCUUUCGACACGCUGGUUCUGGGGUCGAUCCAGGACACUUACUUUGAACACGAACGUGGCGUUCGCGUCGCCAUAUACUCCAUAGUCGCGGUGACGACGACCUGGGGACCCCCUUUGAUCGGCGGGGUCGUCUCACAGCACCAGGCGGGCGCCAGCUUGCAGUUUACGAUCCUCAGCGCCUUCUUCGUGGUCGCCGUUCCCGCCAUGGCCCUGGGUGCCCCUGAAACGGCCUAUGACCGGGCUUUUGCAAUCGCGCCGACCCCUUCUACGGCCGCCAGCCAGUUCAAGACCUUCAUCCCUCCCUCUCCGCGCCGCCUCUUCACCCUCGAAAGCUUGACCGACUACAUCGUCAAACUGAAGCCCUACGCCUACCGCGGCCCGGCCCACCUCAGAGUCCUCCUCCAAGCGCCUCGCGCGUCCAUCACACCGACGACCGGGCUCCUCGUCAUCGUGUCCUUUCUGCCGUAUUCCUCCCUCUGGGGUAUUGCCUCGUCUCUGUCGCUCUUCUUCGACCCGCUGCCCUUCGUCCUCUCGCCGGGAACCAUCGGCGCACUCAUGGUCUCCCCCUUCCUCCUCGGCACCGCCGCCGUCGCCAUCACCGCCUUCCUCCCCCGCUGGCAGCCAACAAAGUUCACCCCCAAAAUCCACAUGCUCGCCCUGGCCACCGGCUCCGUCCUGGUCUUCAUCGGCAUCCUGACCUUCGGCCUGCACCUCGACAGCGCCAUGACGCCCCCCGCCACCGGCACCGCCAACGACAACAACAACAACGACAACAACAUCUCCGUCUUCGCCCUCCAGUACCUCGCCCCGCGCGUCAACCUGCCCGCGAUCAGCUUCCUCCUAGGCCUGCUGGCAGCCGGCAGCGCGCUGCUGGGCGCGACCGCGGCCCCGCUCAUCGCCGCCAGCGCCGCCUUCACGGGCUCCAGCCUCGCCGUCUCGACCCGCUCCACCGCCGACAUGAGCGCCGCCGUCGCCUGCUGGCGCGCCCUGCUCGCCGGCGUCUUUGUCGUCGCCGUGCCCAACGCCGUCUGGUGGUGGGACGGGCUCAGAAGGUUCUGCGUCGGCGUCGGCACCGCCCAGAUGCUUGUUGCCGUCGCCGUCGGGGCCGCGUGGUGGGUUUGCGGUGAGGCCGUCAGGCGCUGGGAUGGGCGGGUGAUGGGGCUGGUCGAUCUGGAGGGGCUGAAGGGGACUGGGAGCUUCUUUGAGUUGGAUUGA